AUGCCCCAGUCUCCAGCAGUGAGGAAGAAUCAGAGGAAGAAGAUUUUGUUGAAAAGAGAGAGUAAACCUCUGAGUGAAGAUGAAGAAGAUGAUGACGAAACCCAUGUUGAUGAUCCUCGACUCUUCGACGACUUAAGGGUAGACGAUUUGAAGACAGCCGAGUUUGAAAGUGAUGAAGAAACAAAAAUUGAAAGACACAGCAAGAAGAAGAAAGGGGUGGUGAAAGCAGUGAGGAAGAAGAAAGAGGAAGAUGAGCUAAGUGAUGAAGAAAUAGAAAGAAGAAGGUUAAUGCUCAGACAGAAAGUCUUGGAACGUAAAGAUGACCAAGAAGUGGAAAUAUUAGACAAGGAGGAUGAGGGCCACACUCCUGAGGAAAGUGCUGAGGAGUCAUCAGAGUAUGAGGAAUAUUCAGAUUCUGAAGAAGAAACGGGACCCAGAUUGAAACCAGUAUUUGUACGUAAAAAAAGAUCGUGUAACAGUUAUUGAAAAGGAGAAGGAAAAAGAGAAACAAAAACAU